AUGGUCACUUCUCGAGACACCGCAAAGCUCACGCUUCGACCCGAGAUUGGAGAUGAUUUGGACGUCCAGAUAGCUAAUUCAAACAGAACGGCCGAGAUUGCGGCCAACGCCCCGCGAUACCGUCGGAAGAGCUCGACUUUCAUCGAUGCCAUCCACGAUGUCACUGAAGACCAGGAUAUGGCCCCGGCCCAGCUCUAUAGCACUAUGUCUGGACGACUCUUCCAUUCCGGCAGGAUAGCAAUCGUCAUGGUUGGUCUGCCAGCCAGAGGCAAAACCCAUAUCUGUGUCUCCAUGGCACGGUACCUUGCCUGGCUCGGAGUCAAGACGCGCAUCUUCCAUCUUGGAGAUUAUCGGCGUGCCACCGUUGGUCCUGGCGGCCAUGUGCCAGAGGAUUACUUCUUUCCAAACGCCACACCCUCGUCCGUCAUGCUACGCCAGAAGAUCCUCAAAAAGUGCCGUGAGGACAUCUAUGCCUGGCUCAAUCACGAGAAUGGCCAGGUCGCCAUAUACGAUGCUGUGAACCCUACAGCUGCUGGCCGCCGGUCCCUCGCCAAGGAAUUCGCGAAACACGACGUUCAAACGCUGUUCCUCGAGUCCUACGUCGAUGACGAUAGGAUAUUGAGGGAAAAUGCAAGGAAUGUCAAAAUUCAUUCCCCCGAUUUCCAUGGCAUGGACCCGGACGAGGCUGCCAAACUCUAUCUUAGACGCAUCGAGAUGAAAAUCCCCGUCUUCGAGACGAUGAACGAGAAUGAGCUGAACUAUGUGAAGAUGAUUAAUGCUGGACAGGGCUUCUUCUACAACAACGUCAGCUUUAACUACCUCUCACAUCGAAUCGUCUUCUACCUUACCAAUUUGCACAUAAAAUCUAGAACAACAUUCUUCGUCCGAGCUGGCGCCGCGACAGAAGAAGACUCGUACAAAGCUGAUGGCGGUCUGAGCGAGCCCGGCCAGGCCUAUGCUAUUAAAAUGACCGAGACUCUCAUCAAACAUCGCGAGCAAGAACGGCAAACCGCUAUAGAGGCUGGUGGGGCUAACAUUCCCUUGAAGCCCCUGACAGUGUGGACAUCGACUAGGUUGCGAACGGUACAGACCUCGAAACCUCUUCAGGAUAAAGGCUACAAAGUCCGACAGCGGUCUCAGAUGAGCCAGAUUAAUCCUGGCGUUUGCGAAAAGCUUUCUGAGCGAGCCAUCCGUACCAUAUAUCCCGAUGAGGUAGAGAAGCACGAGCUGGAUCCGUAUCACCAUCGUUAUCCGCGAGCAGAGUCAUACCACGAUCUAGCCGUCCGCCUCGAGCCUAUCAUCCUCGAGCUCGAACGGGAGCAAAACGAUCUCCUGAUCAUUGCACACGAGUCCGUUCUCCGUGUACUUUAUGCGUACUUGAUGCACUGCAGCACCACGGACAUCCCCAAGCUGAAGUUCCCUCGCGACGAGAUCAUCGAGAUCAUCCCGGCAGCAUACCAGAAUGAGGCCAAGCGUAUUCAUAUUCCCGGUCUAGAUCCGAGGAUGGUGCCUGGCUCGCCAGAGGACAUCCGCAUUCCUGUACCGAGCAUGCCCCCUAGUGGGACUCUGAGUCCAAUACCGGGUUUAUCUAGUCCAUUAGAGGGACAGGCCACUCCUGUUUCUAUGGAAGGGCAGAGACCGCCGGAGAAAGUUAUCAAUAAGGCAGCGGAGAUGGUCGCGGAUAAGGUUGCGGAUGAGGAUUGA